AUGUCUCGCGACACCCAAACACCCAAAAGAAGUCUCGAGAGGCUUGAUGAUGGCAGGCCAAGAUUUCAUGGCUGCUCGAGGAUUAUAGACUACGAAUACUUGGGCAAACUUGGAGAAGGUACCUUUGGAGAAGUAUCCAAGGCAAGAUCUAAGAAGAAGGGUCACCUAGUCGCCAUGAAGAAGAUCUUGAUGCACAAUGAAAAAGAUGGCUUUCCCAUUACCGCACUUCGGGAGAUCAAACUUCUCAAACAACUCGACCAUAUCAACGUCCUCAAACUUGAGGAGAUGGCGGUUGAAAGACCAAAGAACGCCAGCAAGAAGCCCAGUAUGUUCAUGGUCACUCCGUACAUGGAUCAUGACCUGUCCGGUCUGCUUGAGAAUCCCGACGUCCGCUUCACCGAGCCUCAAAGAAAAUGCUACAUGAAGCAACUGCUCGAGGGCUGUGCCUACCUACACGAAAACAGAAUUCUGCAUCGAGAUAUGAAGGCGGCAAAUUUGCUCAUCAACAAUCGAGGGAUUCUUCAAAUCGCUGAUUUUGGUCUUGCCCGGCCUUACGACGAUGCACCUCCACGCCCCGGCCACGGUGGCGGAGAGGCAACCCGAGAAUACACUACCCUUGUAGUCACAAGAUGGUACCGUCCACCCGAGCUGCUUUUACAAUUGCGCAAAUAUACGACCGCCAUCGACUUGUGGGGUGUGGGGUGUGUCUUUGGCGAGAUGUACAAAGAAAAGCCGAUAUUAGCUGGCAAUAGUGAUGUCAAUCAGGCACAUUUGAUAUUUGACCUUGUUGGAUCUCCUACAGAUGAGAGUAUGCCAGGAUGGCGCUCUCUCCCGGGCUGUGAAGGUGUGAAAGAUUUUGGCACCAAGUCGCCCAGCAUCAAGCGGGUUUUCAGUGAACUCAGUCCAACAGCGCUCUCAUUACUGACCGAAUUGUUGACUCUGGACUGGAGGAAACGAAUCAAUGCUAUCGAUGCCCUCCAGCACCCUUACUUCCACACCGAACCAUACCCUGCUAGACCUGGCGAUUUGCCGAAAUUUGAAGACUCGCACGAACUUGACCGCAAGAAGUUCAGAGACCAAAAAUCGAAACCACCCCCUGCGCCCUCAGGCGGCGCUGUUGGCAUUGGUCCCGAGGGAGAAUGGGGUCUCAAUGGCCGACCGCUCGCACACUACGAACCGGGUCGGGUUCCUCGCGGACCUGGAGGAGGCCGCCAUCAUGGAACUGGUCAACACAAGCACGGAAACUACAACAGACGCCUCCAAGGCCCUCACGCCCACAAUGGGGCAUAUGGUGCCGACUACCGAGGCCCCCCGCCGCAUCGGGACCACGGGUCGUAUGGACACGUGCCCCGACAGCCGUACGAUCAGCCGAGAACAAAUGGGCCUCCGCAACCCUACGAUGAUGGUCAUACGCGUCGUCCUCAAGCAGAUUACGUUCUUCCGCCCCGACCCCCAGUUUCAGAGGACAAUCAUCGGUAUGGCCCUUCAGAUGCGUCGUAUCGCGAUGACGGGCGAGGACCACCACCUUCCAGGUCGCGAGUACCAGGAGGUGGCCCACCAGGUGGUGAUAUUCGGCGUAGUAAUCAUCCACACGACCAAGAUACAUAUAUCCCGUCGUAUUCAAGCGCAGACCCCGAUCAUAGGGGCCCUCCGCCCAAAAUGGGUCGGAGAGGUGACCGUCCUCAUUACGGUGAGGGUCGCAGAGAAGGCUCAGUGCCCGAUUACGAUGAGCCGAUUCGCUAUGAUGAUACUGGCGCUGCCAAUGAUAGGGAGAGAGGCCGCAUGAGGGAGUCCGAUCAAGGUCCACACCACACCUCAGCGGCUUAUGAUCGCCGUCCAAGAAGCAGAAGCCCGGUGCGUGACUGGGAGAGGGAUCGGGACCGUGAUCGGAACCGCGAUCGGGCACCUGGCUAUCGAGAGCGAGAUAGAGAUUGGGAUCGCGAUCGCGAUCGGCACGCUCAUCAACAUCUCCCACCCGAUAGAGAUCGUGGGUAUGGAGGCCCUGGAAAUGAAGGGGGAAUGCGAGGAGGGGGGCCAGCUGAGCCUCAGGAUGUAUACAAUGGGCGGAGAUAG